GAAUUCAGUUUUUAAACGAACAUCGACUGCAACGGAUGCUUUUAGCGGAAAUAAGCAAAACAUUCGAAAUUGAAAACAAAAAUAAUCGUUUCGUUGUCCGGCAAAUUAAAACUUUGAAUAUUUGAAAAUUUGUUCGAAAUAAAAAAUUAAAAAAAAAAUAAAUACACUCAAACCUACAAAACAUACAAUUGUGUCUAAAGUGCGUUACGUUUUAUGAGACCAACCAAUCAAGUGGCAAGUGAAAAAGCUGAAGAAUAAAUAUACAUUUGUCGAAAAGAAAUUUCAAAUAUUUAAUGAAAUAUUUUGGUUAAAAAAAAACCAAAACAAAAAAAGGAAAUUUCAUAUUGUCCUUUGGUAUAAGGAUUAAUAUUCGUAGUGAAGUGUUAGUACACAGUUUUUUUCUUGGAUUGUCCCCCAGUUUAUGAUCCCCUGACAGCAAUGAUUACCGAUCGCAACAAAUUGAAUUUUGUUACGAUACAAUGGUUGUGGCUUUUGUGUCUCAUUUUGGUGUGCAGUGGCGGCUUAACAUCAGUGCUGGCCCAUAAUAUUGCAGGUGGAGCGGAGACCACACAACAGAAGCAACAGACACCGAUCCAGGCGCAACAGCAGCCAACUCAACAGGCUGACACAGUACAACAAGUAAAGUUGUCGCAACAACAGCAGCUACAGCACCAGCAACAACAACAACAAUCAAGCAUACAAAUAGUCCAGCCGCAUGUAGAGAGCAAUGGACCGUCACAACAAGAUGUAACAGUGCGCAACUUUAGUCCACGUAUGGAUUACAAUAACAAUGAAUGGCGCCCAGUUGGUCGUGGUGAUCCAUUGAAAAAUGAUCCAACAUUUGAUUAUAGUCCACCAACUUUGGAUAGAGUACGUUACUGGGCUGAUCCGGACAAGGAUAAGGAAAAGACGGAAGAGGCGGCAGCCUCCUCAAAUGUCAUUGAUGCUAAAUUGAAAAAGGCCAAUCCGGGAAAGAAUGAAAUUUUACUUUUGGGUGUGACAGGAGAUCGUAUUAGAGGUGCUCCAGCCGCCCCCAUGCAAUACCCAUCGCAUCCGCAUGCUGGCCAGCAUAUGAUGAAAAAUGCCAAGGGGGAAACUCCACUGUUGCAACCCAAAUAUACAUCCAUAAGACGUAGUUAUUAUUCCCAUCAAUUGCCUACCCACUUGAUGCCACCACCAAUGCAACCCAAUGUUCCCCAACAAGCUUCAGCUUCACAGGCCCAACAGUCUCCAUCCCAAUCCCAUAUGUCAAUGGGCCACAUGAUGAAGCCACAAGUUCAUGGCGAAUAUAGACAUCAAAUGCCAGCCAGUAAUGGUGGUCAUCAUUCCUAUGUUAGCUCCCCGCCCAUGUCGGCUUCCAUGAAUGUUCACGCCAAACCAUAUCAUAUGUUAUCCUCAACAUCAUCCCAACCCUGGAUGCAUGCAGCCAGUCCGGCUUCUUCAAUGGUUACAUCUAUGCCCUCACAUCACAUGGCCAACCCCAUGGGAAUGGUUCAUACACAACAUUACUCGGCACCAAGUCAUGGUCAGGUCCAUGAUGCCCAUCAUCAAGAAUCAGUUAGUUAUUUGACCUAUACCAGGCCCAGCAUGCAACACACUCCCAUGGCAAUGGGUGGUGGUAGCCAUGAAUAUUAUUCUCCUAAUUCCAUAAGGGGUUCCGCAUCAGGCCACAAAAGCUCCUCCUCCUCGUCAAGUUCUAGAAAACCAUGGCUCCAUGAUCUACUGAAAAAGGAAGUGGUAAAAACUGUGAAACCCUCGAUGGCGCCCAACAGCUAUCACAGUGAAGUUUCAAUCAAACCAUCGCAUUCCUAUCACAUUGAAUCUGGAAUGAGGCCGCAUCAAAUGGAUCAUCAUUUUGAGCCUCUGGUGGCAGCCAAUACACCAGUAAGCAGUACAUAUACUCCCGUUUCCUUUGUCACAACAACGACGACAACCACCACCAAACCUGUUACAACCCCAACCACCAACCCUAUUCCCACACAAGCAGCAAUUUACAUGACCAGUAGCAGUAGUACUACACCCACAUAUGUCACAGCUCCUACAUACCCACCAAUAUAUACUCACACCAGUACCAGCACAACCCAGGUACCCAGGACCACAACCACCUUGAGUCCAACCCGCUUGCUCAUACCCAACACCAGUAAUCUGUCCUAUCGACCAACUGUGGCUCCCAUUAAAAUGACAACUGACUCGCUGUUCUCCCACUACAAUCAACCCGAAAAGCCAUUGCGGGGACCAAUGUAUUUAAUCAUUGAAGGUCAUUCAAAGGUCAAGACAUAUGGCAAGGAUGAAUUGGAUCCCCAUAAACCGAAAAUUGUGCCAGUCAUUUCGAGCCGGGAACCUGUUGUGCGGCGUGCCGAUCCCAAUGAGAAACGGGGAACACCUGAGACAUUCCAAGUCAAACAUUUGCAUACCAAAACCACUGAAGCCAUGGAAAAGAUAACAACCUCAACGACGGUUAAACCGGUGACCACGAAAACCACCUCCAGUUCGACUACUAAAAAACCCCAAGGUACCACAAGUAAGCCAAGCACUACUGCCGUUAAAAACUCAACAGAGAAAAUCAAACCUGUAACCACCAAAAAACCAGCCGAGGCCACACCCACAAAGAAGUCAGUGGCGCCCAACACUAAACCUGGGCAAACUGCAACCACAACAACAGCUAAGCCUCCAACCACCAAGGCAACCAUCAAGCCUGCUCCCAAAAUAAGUGUUACCACUUCACCCACCACCGCAAGUACGACCACGACAACAAAACCCACAACUCCGAAGCCCAAAGUUGAAAAACCGCCGCCGACAAAAGAAAGCAAAACACCCUCUAAAUCCCCCGUCAAAGAGGAAAAGCUGAGUCCCAACAAUUUAAAUGUUUUGGAUGCCAUGAAAAAGCCUAGCCUAACUGCACCCACAGCCAUGCAGGGUUUGCUCAGCUUUUUGGAUUCCUCUCUUGAGUCCUUGCUCAAGGAACAGAAAUCCUCAAGCGCAUUAGUAAAUGAAGCACAAAAUAAACCCCCUGCAAAUGGUACCACCAAACUCAAAUCCAUAACCAUGAAUACUCAAGAGCCGCAAAUCGAGGCUCGUGUCAGUACCAAACUGCAAGCCAUCAAGGCCGAAGAUUAUGAUGACUAUGUCGAAGAUGAUGGAAAAUUGAUGAAAGUAACCACCGAAUAUUUGCCAAGGGAAACCAGACAAAUAUUCGAUUAUGACCAAUUGCCAGAAUCGCGCAUAACCGGCAAUAAGGACAACUCCAAUUAUGACGAUGAAGAUGAUCUGUCGGCAUUGGGUUUUGAUGAUGAAUACGAGUAUGAGGAGGUGGAAGAACCUUCAGGAUCCCAGCUAAUCAAACGUAUUGAUGCCUUGGUAAGCAGCCAAGAAGAAGAUUUCACCCAAGACGAUUUGGAAGCUCUGAAUUUGGGGCGGCAACAACAACAGCAACAAAAGGCAAUGAAAGCGUAACGAAUUUCGACAAAGCAACUAUGUUUUUUUUAGGUAUCUCUACAAGUCGUAAUAAUUUAUUUAUUUAUAAAUUGCGUUAGUAUUUUGUCAGAUACUGUUCUAUACCAAAAUCUAUUUGAAAACAAAAACAUGUCUUAUAUAGUAUUUACUUAUUUACUCCUCCAUACUCCCAACUCCAACUGUACAUAGAUAGCAAUGAUUUGAUUUUGGAAAUAUAUUGAACAUGGAAAAUUCUACCCCAUAUUCACAGAGAUGUAACCAACCCCAAGCACACCAUAAAGUGGUCACAGAUGUAUUAAGUUUUAAGUCGCAUCACGAUUAUUUUUGUGAUUAAUAUUUUUUAUAUAAAAGAAGAACAUUUUAAUUUAAUUAAUUUAUUUAUUGAUAUAGUUAUGUAAGUGUAAAUUAUUUGAAUAAAAUA